AUGGUUCAGAAGCAAGAAGAAAUGAAUGAGUGUGGUGUUCUCAAUGGUGGCAAAGUGGGAACAUCUUCAGUGUCACCACCUCAAGAGAAAGGAAGGAAGAACAAGAGAAAAUUAGCCGAUCCUUCUCAACAAAUUGCUGCUUCUUUGACUGAAUUCCCUCGGUACGAGUUACAUUCAUUCACAUCUCAAAACCCUUUGAGUGUUAAUGACUCGAUCGGGCAGAUGAAAGCGGAAGAGUCUGAAUCCGUAGGAUGGGAUGAUCCGUUUGCCUGUUAUCUCGAAGAACUAUUAUCAUCGAAUUUGCUUACCCUUUUCCGUAGUGCGAUGAAUCAGAUUGUGGAUUGUGGGUAUAGUGAAGAUGUUGUUCUCAAAGCUAUUUCAGGUAGUAGGCUCUAUUGUGGAGGAAAUGAUCUCGUGUCAAACAUUGUCAAUGAUACCUUGAGCUUUUUGAAGAGUGGAAAAAAAGUUUCUGGUUUGAGAGACUAUGUGUUUGAGGAUUUACAACAGCUUGUUGCGUAUACGUUGGUAGAGAAGAUAAGUCUUGUUCGGGAAGUUAGGCCAUCGCUUUCAACAGUCGAGGCAAUGUGGAGGUUGUUGAUGUGUGACUUGAAUGUUUUGCAAGCGUUUGAGGUGGAAGGAGAUGGAUUGGAAGGCUCUUCAGGUUUCAAUCCGAAUAAAUCAUCGGAAUCUCCAGGUGUUGAGAACAAUCCUCCAAAAUCUAGUGUCUCAGAUAACCCGAAGCCCCCACUGUCCAAUGCUCAAAGCAAUCAGAGCGAGCCAGUCAAGAUUGGGAACUUCCCAAAUGUACCCAACUCCAAAAAUCCUCAUGCUAAUGGAGCAACACCAGGUAAAGAGGUAUUUUCUGUUACCACUGCUUCUGGUGAAGGCACUAAAACUACAUCCCUGACUUCUGUUUCUGAUGAAAAAUUAGUGUCUUGUCGGAAAGCGCGAACCAAGAAAGAAAUGGCCAUGCUCCGGCAGAAAUCAUGUGUGGAGAAGAUUAGAACUUAUAGCAAAGGCGGUGGCUACAAGACGGCAAAGUUUGCCUCAGUCAGCGGUUUCCUUGUCGAGAAAAGAGGCAAGUCACCUUCUGAUUUGGUGUCUGUACAGUCAAGAAAUUCUUCAUCAAAGAUAACAGCAGAGAUGAUGAAAGUUCCUUUAGCCGAGAGUAGCACUACUAGUAUUAAGUCAGAUUCGCCUGCAUUAGAUGUGAAGGGAUAUGUUACUGCAUUGCCUGCUAUUAAUGCUCCAGCACCAUUAGCUUCAGAAAAGAAGUCCAGUACUGAGUCUGAAGAAAAGGCUUCUGUGUCUACAAAGCCAGCACCAGAUUACUACGCUGCGAUUCCAUACGAUGCGUCUCUGGGGAUAUAUGUUCCCCGGAAUAAAAGAGAUGAAUUGAUAAUAAAGCUUGUUCCCCGAAUGAAAGAUCUGCAGAAUGAACUGCAGGUUUGGACCGACUGGGCUAAUCAGAAAGUAAAACAGGCAACUAGUAGACUUCUUAAGGACCAACCAGAGCUUAAGGCACUAAGGAAAGAGAAAGAAGAGGCAGAAGAAUUCAGAAAAGAGAAGCAGAUGUUGGAAGAAAACACUAUGAAAAGGCGGUCUGAAAUGGAGUUUGCCUUGAAUAACGCAACCAAGCAGCUUGAAAAAGCUAACAACACGGUUCGCAGGCUCGAGCUGGAACAAUCACUGUUAAAGAAAGAGAGGGAAGCUGCUAAUAUAAGAGCUUCCGAGUCUGCUGAGAGCUGUAGAGAAGCAAAGGAGAGAGUGCAAAGAUCGUUGAAGAAUACUCAGUCGUGGGAAGGGCAAAAGGUUUUGUUGCAGGAAGAGCUCAAGAGUCAAAGAGACAAGGUGGCAGAGCUGCAGCAAGAAGUUGCCAAGGCAAAAAAUCGCCAAAUCCAAAUUGAGGCUACUUGGAAACAAGAAAAGGCAGCGAACGGGAAACUCGCUGCUCAAGCGGCUGCGUUAAAGAAAGAGAGAGGGAAACUGGAAGAACUAGGAAAAUCAGAAGAAGAGCGGAUCAAAACAAAAGCAGAGAACGACGUGAAAUACUACAUCGAGAACAUCAAAAGACUCGAGAGCGAAAUCACAAAGCUGAAACUCAAAUCAGAUUGCUUGAAGAUAGCUGCAUUGAAGCAAGGCAUCGAUGGAAGCAAUGACGGUAACAAGAGAGGAAUGACUCAUACCACCACGACAAAGGCAAACCCGAUGGCAGCAGCAAACGUGUGGGAGAAUAAUAAUCACGGGACAGAGGCGAAAAUCAAAAGGGAGAGGGAAUGUGUGAUGUGUUUGUCUGAAGAGAUGAGUGUGAUAUUCUUGCCUUGUGCCCAUCAGGUUCUUUGCUCUAAAUGCAAUCAGCUUCAUGAGAAGGAAGCCAUGGAGGAUUGUCCAUCUUGUCGGGCCAAAAUCCAGAGGAGGAUUCAGGCUCGUUUCGCUCGCGGAUAA